CUCACACAUGACUUAAUCCAUACGGCUCAUCAAACCACUACCAAGUAUUCUCACCAUGAACUCAAUCAUGCGUCUUCGUUGUGUCAUGUUAUUUGUAAUUUUUUCCUUUGGUCUCAUCAUUUCAUUACAUGCUGCGUCACCCCCAAGGACAUCUUCCCCGGAUACGCCUCCCUCGAAGCGUCAUAAGUCCUCCGAGGAGGCGGACAACGAGGGGGUGGAGGGCGAGGAUGAUGAGGACGAGGAUGAGGAGGACGAGGAUGAGGGGAACAUUAGGCCCUUGGAUGAUGAUGCCAUUGACGACGAUUUGAACAGUUAUAGCCCGAUGACAAGUCUUCGAUUGAGACUUACUGAACCUUAUUUAUAUAACUGUUUACAAAAAAAAGAAACUGGUGAAUUCGACCCAUAUAAAUUGCAUCCAUUCUAUUCUGAUGCCGUUGAAGAUGCAGAAAAAUUAAUAAUAGAUGGCAACGAUGGCGAAGCAAGAAAAAUAUUAACCACUGCAACACAAGCUAUGAUGGUUCUCGAAGAAGUCGACUGUGCGGAUGUGCUCGUAGACAAAGAAGCAGUGGAUAGUAUGUGGGAAAAUUGGCAUGAUGACACAGUCACAGACCAAGUAAAAGAGGGUGUUCUAAAAAAAAUAGAAGUUAUCGUCGAAAAAUUCAUAACAGACGUAAAGAAUAAAAAAUAA